CACUCAGUCCCCAGUAAAACCGGGGCUGGACUCGAGACUAUCGCCUCCAGUAUUAAUUUUCUGUCCCCCCAGGUUGCCAAGAUACUUGGCUCUGCAGCAUGCAGCAACAGAGACGCACUUAAUGUCGGCGAUGAGAGUCCGCACUGCAGCUGCUGCCCUGGUCCAUCUCGUCCAUCUGGGUCCUUGGUCUCUCCAUCGGCUUCUCCGUCGGCUGGUCAGCCAUGCACUAUUGCCUAUCUCAUCAUCACUAACCUCCAUCACCCCCUCUCUCACCUCAUCCGCGAUAAGUCCCGGGAGCCAAUGCGCUCCGGUUUCUCCGCCAUUCAGCAGGCGUGCUAGAAUCCGCCCUGCCGCCGGCAAUCCCCAACAGUGACUCCGUGGGUGGGAUGCCGUUUAACUUCCGGCGCAUCAGCCGAGCCCUGGCAGUCUAUCGGUGCAGAUCUGCUUCCUCG